AUGGACUUUGAUAAUGCUUCAAGCAAUGAUACUGCCAUAGGUUUUUUCGAAAAGAAAUUGAUGUCUUGGGGUUCUUCUGCUGUAAGGUCUAAGUAUUUGCAUAUGAGAUGCAUUGCUCACAUCCUUAAUUUGGUGGUGCAAGAUGGAUUAAGGGAAUCUGACAAGUCUUUUAAGAAGGUUAGGGACUGUGUGAGGUAUAUGAGAAACUCCCCUUCUAGGCUCCAAAAAUUUAGAGACCUUUCUGACUUAAUUGGGGUGGAAGCAAAAUACUCUUUGGUUCUUGAUGUUCCUACUAGGUGGAACUCAACCUAUAUGAUGUUGCAUACUGCUUUGCUCUAUGAGAAAGUGUUUGAAGCAUAUGAAGAUCAUGACUCUUCAUUUAUUUCUGAUUUGGGUGGGAAAGUGAAUAUACCUGAUGAAAAGGAUUGGGAAACUGUAAAGGGAUUGGUGAAAUUUCUUAAAUCAUUUUAUGAAAUGACUGUUAGGAUCUCAGGGUCUUUGUAUGUAACUUCAAAUACAUUCUUCUCUGAAGUUUCUGAUUUAUCUUGCAUAUUAAAAGAUCUGGUGGGAGCAGAAUCUGAAUCUGUUAAUCUUAUGGGAAAGAAUAUGAAGGCUAAGUUUGAUAAAUACUGGGUUAGUAAGCCCUUGUUUCAUAAUGUGAUGAAUGGCCUUAAAGAAUUGUAUGCUGAUUAUGUUGCAAGUUUCCUUGUCCAGUCUGCUCCUUGUGUUUCUGUUGGUGCUCCUGUUUCUGUUCAAGAUUCUGCUCCUUCUGUUUCUGUUGGCGAUCCUAUUUCUGUUGGGAGGCCCCAAGCUUUGUUAAAAUCUCAGUUAAAAAAACAAAGAUUGGGAUCUGGUGAACUGGCUGCCAAGAAAACAGAGUUGGAAGUGUAUUUGAGUGAGGGAAUUGUAGAGGAGGAUGGUGAUUUUGACCUGUUGAGAUGGUGGAUGUUGCAUCAGAAUCAACAUUUUAGUACCAAUGGGAGAGUUCUUGAUGCAUUUAGGAGUUCUCAUACUUCUAAAAUUGUAGAGGCACUGAUUUGUGCACAAGAUUGGCUAAGGUUGACCAAUCAACCACUCAAAGUUGAAGAAAACAUAGAUGAAGUUGAGAAAUUUGAAAAAGAGUUGUGCGGUGGAAUUGGAGUUACUACUGGAGUUGAUUUGUUUGACUACUUCUCUGGAAAGUUUGGUGAGAACAUUGGAUCUGGUUCUGGAAGUCUAGAACCCCAUGCCUCCCUGGCUGGAAGGUUUAUUGGCUCAAUGGCUAAGGAUGACUCUGGCUAG